AUGACAAAACCAAUGAAGUUAUGGGAUUGUUUCAAAGCUGAAUUUAAAGCAGAAGAAAAGUUCAGAAUUGUGAAUGGCAUGAGCUUUAGCCCAGAGGCAACGCACAUUGAAGCUGUAAAAAGUAUGAACGCAUAUGACAAGAUGCGAGAUGAUGAUGUCAUAGUAUCAUCCUAUCCGAGGUCUGGAACUCAUUGGAGCAUAGCCUUGGUAGACCUAGUGAUGCAUGGUGGGGAUAUAGAAACUGUCAAAGAUAGACAUAUUCAUGAGAGAAGCAUCUGGAUGGAUAUUCCAAUGCCAAAUAUAACAGGAAAGGCCGAGAUGAGCAUAGACAGUAUUAAGAAACAAGAAAACCCCAUGGUUGCUGCGGAGAGUACACCAUCACCUCGCCUCUUCUCAACCCAUCUCACCUAUGACUUUAUGCCAGAAUCGGUAAAACAAGGAAAAUGCAAGGUUGUGAUUAUCCUCAGAAACCCCAAGUCAGUUGUAGUGAGUCAUCAUUUUUUGAAUGAUAUACCAGAGUAUUAUGACGUGGCACCAACUAUUGACCAAACCAUUGAUGCAAUGUUAACAGAUGCUCAAGAUCAGAUGAUAUAUGGGAGUUGGUUCAAUCAUGUUAGUAGAUGGUGGCUGAACAAAGACAAACUGAAGGGAAAUAUUCACUUUGUCUUCUAUGAGGAUAUGAAAAAGAACAUGGGAGAAGUUAUCAAAGGCCUUGCAAAAUUCUUGAACAAAAGCAUACCGGAUGAAAACAUUGAGAAAAUGGCAGAACAUCUUCAAUUUGAUCAAAUGUUAAAAAAUCCAAAAACUGGCAAAGCAUUCGAGAACAUUAAAAUAGAUGCUGAAUCCUUGGACUUGAUGGAAACAGAUGCAUUCAAAGAUCUACAUAUGAGGAAAGGUGUCAUAGAUGACUGGAAAACCAAGCUGACAAUGGCACAAAGUGAAAGAAUUGAUGCAUUCCUUGGAUCAAGGUUGGACAAAAUUGGGCUGAAAUUCCAGUAUGAGUGAAGAACUUGUGAAUCGUGUCAGGAAUGGAUAAUAUGUCAUUAUUUCAAAGACCAAAUCUGAGAUUUUAGACACUGCCACAUAUCCUUUGGAAAUCAAUGUUUGAAAUCACAAGGUUUUCAAUUAAGAACUAUUCCAAAAACAGUUUGUCAGAGUAAAAAGAGGAUUUAAAAAUAAAUCCAGCUUUUUUCAAUCAUAUCCAAUUUGUAUAAUGUUAAAUCGUGAUUUGAAAUGUCUU